UUUAGCAUCCAGGCUUGAGCUUUGAAAAAUGGCAUUUCUUGACAGUUGUCGUCACUGGGGUUAUUGUUUUGCCAUGGUCCGUGGGAACCAGCGUGAACUUGCCCGCCAGAUAAACAUGAAGAAAGCCCAAGAAUUGAAUAAAGGCAAAAGAAAAGAGGAUGCUCUCUCAGCUACCCAGAGGAAGCAAAGAGAUUCUGAAAUGAUGCAGCAAAAGCAAAAAGCAGCUAAUGAGAAGAAGACUGUUCAGGGAGGAGCAAAAUAAUACAUGGCAACACAAAGGACCAAAUAAUGCUGCAGUGCAUCUCAAAAAUAUCUUGCCCAAAAAAAACAUAUUUCUAAAAGUAGCCAGCCAUUAAAUGGUUAAUGUUUAUCUUCUACUUAUUCACUUGUCCAGUAUGCAUUUAUUUUAGAAUAUCUGGUUAAUGUAGUGCAGUUGCAGCUGACUUGUCUUUAUUCAAAUUACUAGAAUCUCUUCAAAUAAAAUUGCAUUCUAAGUUGUUUAUUCCUUUUGCAUGUCUAUUAGUAAUGGUAGCAGUAGUUUAACUGCAGUUUUCAUUUUUAAAAUGUUGGCUCAGUAAAAUAACUUGUGUGACUGUACCAGUUAUUAAGUAUGAAAGUAGACUUGGAAAUUUAUAUGGCAUCUCUUUAACAUUCAGAGGUAUGCCUCUUUAAAGCCCAAGGUUCUCUCCUUGCUUUCCACUUUGUAAAGGUCAGCUGUAAAGUUAAUCAUAAAUUAUUUUUACAAUAAAAUGUUGCAUGAAAUACUGUGUAGUUUCGAAUUGGGCACUCAAGGCAGCUGUAACAUGUUUUCAGAUGUUGCUGACAGAUUUCCACAAUUUAGAGUUUAUAUUUUAUUUUGUGUCAAAAGCAUUGCAUAAUAAAUAAGUUUAAAAGUGAUAAAAUAAAGGAAUCACAAACAGCUAAAUAGUUUUGGACCAAAAGCGGGCAACAUCAAUCACAUUGUCUGUAGCUUUAAAUAACAACUCCUCCAUGCAUGAGGCAGGGCAUUGUGGGCAAGCAUACAUAUGAGGAGUUGUUUGUUCAGCUCCACAGUCACACAAGGUGGAGGAUUCUUCUAGGUAGUGCCAUCUUGCCAGGUUGUCUUUUGAUCUUCCCACUCUACUUCUGAGUCUGUUUAGGGACUUCCAAGUUGCCCAUUCUUGGUUUGCCCCUGGAGGCAGACUCUCAUGGGGGGCCAUCCAGUUGGAAUUGCCUGGUUUAGCUGCCCAGAGGGACACCCUUGCUGUUGCUGAGGGAACAUCAAGAGGAGUGGUGGUUCUCAUGAAGCUUUUCCUUGAUUUGAGUCUACUGGGAGAGGGCUGAUAGUCAUGCAGUGGAUGGCUUUCACAAUAUUCGAUCUUAUUUCUCUCACAGUUAGCAGCAACUUCCGGUCACACAUCGGGGGGGGGGGGGGAUGCCAGCGGACUUGUAGAGUUUAUCAACAGGUGUAGGUUUAAGGCAUCCUGUGAUUAUUCUGCAUGUUUCGUUCAAUGCUAUGUUCACCUGCUUUGCAUGGACAGACUUGUGCCAGAGAGGACAGGCGUACUCAGCAGUUGGGAAAGACAAGGCCAGGACUGAUGUUCUUAUUAAUUGUGGGUUUGCACCCCAUGCAUUGCCAGUAAGUUUCCGCAGGACGUUGUUGUGUGUAGGUACUUUGUGCUUGGAGUUUAGAGUUUAGUCCCUUGGUUAGCAUAAUCAAAUAACUUAACUUCUGUCAUGUGUUCUAAUUGCAGCCUGAAUACGUUACAAUGGCAUAACAUUCUCUAAUAUUUACUAUGUAAAACUGCAAUUAAAGUCUGUAAUCUGAAUGCAAAUAUAAGCAUUAUCUUUUGAUUAAA